AUGGGUGGCACUCAAUCUCAGUCACAAUCUAAGUCUCAGACACAAUCUAAGUCUCAGUCUCAAUCUCAGUCUAAACUUCAAUCUCAAUCUCAACCUUCAAGUAUUCAGAAAAGAUCAAAGCUACCUGUUAAGAGGAAGAAAAAGACUGCCACAGUUGGUGGUGUAAACCUAAGUGGAGGCACAAAUAGAGUAUCUUCAAUUAAUGAACUCCCGGUACACCAAAGAGGAGAUGCGGUUAGCAGUUUGGUAUACGAGGCCAACGCUAGAAUGCGGGACCCGGUUUACGGCUGUGUAGGGACCAUAUCUUACCUGCAAAACCAAGUCUCUCAGCUACAGAUGCAGCUGGCCGUGGCUCAGGCUGAGAUCCUCUGCAUCCAGAUGCAGCACGACCCGCCUGCACCCUCGCCCCUCGACCAUCCGGACGAAAAUUACGAGAAAGCCCUCUUCUCGUCCGCUAACAGUGGCUUUAGCGACAUCAACAGCCUUCAGCACUAUCUUAGCUUCGCUUCAACUUCUUCGGCUAAUAAUGUCGUAAUGCAGGACCCUCUCAAGAGAGAGUACUCCCUUUGGACUUGA